CCAAAACGAACCUCUUCGCAUGACCGAGUUCAUUUGAAUCUGUUGAGGGAGGGAGUGGAGGUCUGGCGCCCGUCCUCAGCACUGUUAUUUCUCCCGCUGCCUUCGAACAACACAGUCGAUUCUCCUUGGGAAAACGGCUGAAUGGAGAGAAGAACAUAGUUCUAUGACAGCACUAAGGAAACUACCAGAAUUUCUUAUUUUCGAAGACAGUUUGCAAGUAGAUGCAUAUCAACGAACAAUUUUGAAAUUCGUAUAGUGAGGUUCGCUGUAGUGUAAGAGGCAAAGUGAGAAGUAGCGGUCACCUUUUGAGUAAAAUAACCCCUAAAAGAUCAGAACCUACAGUAUUAUCGUUAGUGUCAUUUGGUAAGUAAUUUCACAUUUGCCAAAUUAGUUUGACAGUUGGCUGGAAUCAUGACUCGGAGAUCCUGUGUAAUUUACGCUACUGGAAUUGUCUGCGCCCACCUACUGAUAGUGGGGAUCGCCUUGGUGGUGGCUCAAGUCUUUCAAACAAUGAUUCACAACCGGCUAAAAAAGGAAUUGACUUUGACAGAGGCAAGCCGAGUAUUUGAGUCAUGGAAGAACCCACCGCCUCCAGUCUACAUGGAGUAUUACUUCUUCAACGUGACCAAUCCAGAAGUGUUCUUAGCAGGGGGAAAGGCAGUGGUCACCCAGAUUGGACCUUACACUUACAGGGAAUACAGACCUAGGGAAAAUGUGACUUUCCUUGAAAAUGGAACCAAGGUUUAUGCCCUGAAUCCCAAAAGCUUUGUCUUCGUCCCAGAGAAGUCCAGAGGUAAUCCAGAGGUCGACAUUCUGAGGACAGUCAACAUCCCAGCUGUGGCGGUGAUGAGUGAGCUGAACUCCUACUCCUUCCUGCUGCGUACCUUCGUCUCCAUAUAUAUGAAGUCCAUCGGCGUGGAGAUCUUCAUGACCCGCACCGUCCACGAGGUGCUGUGGGGCUUCAAGGACCCUUUGCUCACCAAAAUCCACAGCGUUAGGCCAGAGGUGGAUGAGAUGUUUGGGCUGAUGUGGAAGAAAAAUGGAACUCAUGAAGGAGAGUUUGUGUUCCUGACGGGCGAACGUGACUACAUGGAAUAUGGCAGAAUAGACACAUGGAACGGGUUGACUGAAAUGUCAUGGUGGUCCUCUAACCAGAGCAACAUGAUCAACGGGACGGACGGCAGUGUGUUCCACCCUCUGUUGUCUAGGAAAGAGCUGCUGUACAUCUUUGCGGCUGACCUCUGCAGGUCUAUCCAUCUGGGUUAUGUUGAGGACGUGGACGUGAAGGGCAUCCCAGCCUACCGUUUUGCCCCGCCCCACGACGUCCUGCAGAGUCCUGAGGAGAACCCCACUAACGCCGGCUUCUGUGUGCCAGCUGGCGACUGCCUUGGCACCGGGGUGCUAAAAGUCAGUGUUUGCAGAGAAGGUGCACCUAUCGUGGUGUCGUUCCCCCACUUUUAUCAGGCAGAUGACAAGUACAUUAAUGCUGUUGAUGGACUGCACCCCAACAAGGAGGAGCAUGAAACUUACCUUGACCUUAACCCGACCACUGGGGUUCCCAUCCGUGCUUGUAAGAGAGCCCAGCUCAAUAUAAUUUUGAACAGAGUUCCAGGCUUCCCCGAAACCAAACAUCUAAACGAGAUCAUUUUUCCCAUCAUGUUUGUCAAUGAGACGGCCACUAUUGACGAUGACUCUGCUGCCCAGAUGAGAACCCUGCUGCUCAUCGUGACCUUGGUGUCCAACUUCCCUCUGCUCAUCGUGGGCAUGGGAGCCAUCCUGCUCAUUGUUCUAGUCGUCCUGGUCUGCAGGUCUCGCCAGAAGAAGAAUGAAGUAAAACGUAUUGAUUUUACUGAAGCUUUUCAUUCUUUUACUACGGCAAAAGAUGAAACGGCCUACACUCAAGUCAGCGACAAACCAGAGGUUGAACCAUCAGAAAACAACUAUACCAACCAGCCAAUGAGGAACGGCUCCUACAUCGCCAUGUCUCCCGUGGAGGCUCAGAAGUGUUGAUGCAGGCUGCAGUGUGUGGAGGGGCAGGCGGAGCAGCCUGGGCGUGGUAUUAUAACCAAGGCAGGGUUUUGCAGUGUGGACAGGGGUUUUCACUUUUGGGCAACAACCCCAAUAAAUGUCCAUGUCAAUCAUGAUGCUGCUCAUCUCAAUGAUGCUCUUGACUAUCCUGCUGAGCAUGGUCUUUCUGCCUGCCAUAGUGCAAAACAACAACUCCUGUCUACUACUACUACUACUACUACUACUACUGUCACUUCUGUCUCUGUUCUGUUGGGCUCAGUGCUGGGUUCAUGAAGGAACACUUGGACAGCCAGGACAAAGCUUUUUUGAGUAUUUUCUGCGAGGGAAUAAGUAUCAAAUUAGGCAGUAUUCUCACUAAUUAAUAACAACCACUGAGCAGUCACUAUCAGCGUUCUACUGACUGAUGGGUAGUCUUCACCUGAUUUAAUGAAGACUAGAGGGUCCUGAAACAUUUCUUUGUAUCAGUGUUUGUGAGGUCACCUCAAACAGCCACCAGAUUAAAACAUCUGGUAUUCUUCUCUCCCUGUAACUGAGUAUUCACUGACUCAGCAUAUAAGUGGUUUUGCUAGUAAAACUUUACUUAGCAUAUCCUUUUUGAAGAAAAAAGAAAUGGACUACUUAUAUAUAUAUUUUUUCCAGGGAUGAAUCAGUCAGUGCACACACCCAAGUUGUUAUCAAAUGGAAUUUGUGACCGUUUGUGUGCAUGUCUUACCAUGCAGUGUCCUGUUUUGAUUGGACUAUGGGGGACUAUUUUUCUUGACGCAGGCUCAGUGUAGUAUGACAACUGAGAAACUAGACAUUUAGCCCCUUCCCUUUCCCUUCACCUUUUUCCCCAACACUAGUUUGAGACAGAUAUUUUCUAAACCGUAGACAUUUCCUCAGAUAAGGCAUUAGUAAAUAGCUGCUUUCCCAUUAAGGAAAGGCCUAAACAUUCAUCUCAUAUUGAAAUUGUAAGAAAAACAUACCCACAAAACUUAUAAGGGAGACUUGAACCUACUUUCUGCCUUACAAUUUUCAGUGUUUCUUUGUUGAUAUGGUAAAAAGCUGGAUAUGUUAAUAGUUGUACAUAUGCAAGGGGGAAAUGUCUGGCUACAUCUGACCUAAUCCAGCAAGUAGUCACAGGUGUGCCGAAGACACCAUUUUUUAAACAUCAGUGUGGACCCACUUUGUGUCUGCAUCAAUACUUGGAGAAAACACAAUUUGGAUUGAUAGUACAGUCCUCAUAACAAGGUGACCAGGUUUUCACAUAAAGACGAAACACUGUUAGAACCAUCGACUGGUGCGCCGUAAAAAAAAAACGCAGGUGAAUUGUAGAAUAAACAAUCGGGCCAUGCACACCGCUUCUGCUGUGCAUGUUAUGUCAGAGUCAACUGGCUUGCCAAGGAGCUGUAGAUAUUCAGACGAACAUGGCACUUGAAUCACUCUUUGUCUGAUGUUUUGAUGGGUUUUUUGGCCAUUUUGGUCACUAGUCUCUCUGUCGUGUCAAGCCUUUUGGCAGUUGCUUCUGGAAAAAAUGAACUAAGGCCAUAAUACUGUCAACUUGAAAAUUCCUGCACUUUCCCCCAAAAAAGAAGGUGCCCUGUAUUUUUUUUGGUUGUUAUAUAAAAUGCAAGGGUCCUUCUGUGUAUUUCAGUAGUUUGCCCCAGGGUUGUUUUUAAAUGUGGUUCCUGAGGUGUUAUUCUAGAUGGACACUUUGCCUUGUUACUUGCUUUUCAGUACAUUGAAUAUGAUUUUUUUAUUUGUAUCUAUUAUUGCUGCUAUUAAUUGCCAUAACCUAUGGACUUGUAUUUUUUCUAUGGAUGAGCCAUCCAUGCUCAUAUUCUGUUUAAGGUUGUUCCAACAGAAACCAGUAUCAACUUCUAAAUGGCUAUGUCUGGUCUCUGUGAAGCAACUCUUUAAAUAUUGAAGAAUAUUUGAGCAGGAUACAAUGCCCAAAGCUUGCUGUCAUUUACUGUGAUUAGCACAUAACUAUAGAUAGCAACACAUUGUAACAUGAGGAAUUGUCCAUAUUGGGAUCAUUUUGAUAUUUGUAAUACUUGUUUCUGUGGGUGAUUUUAUAGGGUUUGUUCAACUGGAAACUCUGGAGUUCUAGAUGGGAUGCCCUAGUAAACAAAUGUAAUUUUUUUUUUUUUUUUUUCAAGCAUGAGUUUGGUUGUGCAAUUAAGGACGUUUGUCAGACAUGGCUUUGGGCAUCUACUCAAACUUUGGUCCUGGUUAUAUUAUAUGUCAAGGACUAAUAAACAGUAGGCCUUUUCAGUUCAAUCUAUAUACAAGCAAUCAUGGCCUUGUGCAUGUAUUGCUUACUUGUUUAAUCAUCACAGUAUAUCUUACCAUCCUUAUUGACUUGAAUCUAUAAGACCUUAAACCUGAACUGUGUUGUGUGCGCGUGCAUACACGUAUACACCUGAGCCAAUACUUACCACUGUCUGACUGACUAGUCCCAUUCACCUUUUUGUACCCAAUCAUUCAAGUCCAUUCGCUCCCCUGUGCUUGACCAAAGAUAACCUACAUAGAUCGGAUCCAGCUCGUGUUUACUCUAUUUAGAGAGAGUCUGCCUACCUUCUACACUAUGGCUGCGUCUGGAAUUGCACCCUAUAUCAUUUACAGUGCAUUACUUUUGACCAGGGCCCACAGGCUCUGGUCAAAGGUAGUGCCCCUUGGUCAAAGGUAGUGCCCCUUGGUCAAAGGUAGUGCCCCUUGGUCAAAGGUAGUGCCCCUUGGUCAAAGGUAGUGCCCCUUGGUCAAAGGUAGUGCCCCUUGGUCAAAGGUAGUGCCCCUUGGUCAAAGGUAGUGCCCCUUGGUCAAAAAGGUAGUGCCCCUUGGUCAAAGGUAGUGCCCCUUGGUCAAAGGUAGUGCCCCUUGGUCAAAGGUAGUGCCCCUUGGUCAAAGGUAGUGCCCCUUGGUCAAAGGUAGUGCCCCUUGGUCAAAGGUAGUGCCCCUUGGUCAAAGGUAGUGCCCCCUGGUCAAAGGUAGUGCCCCCUGGUCAAAGGUAGUGCCCCCUGGUCAAAGGUAGUGCCCCCUGGUCAAAGGUAGUGCCCCCUGGUCAAAGGUAGUGCCCCCUGGUCAAAGGUAGUGCCCCCUGGUCAAAGGUAGUGCCCCCUGGUCAAAGGUAGUGCCCCCUGGUCAAAGGUAGUGCCCCCUGGUCAAAGGUAGUGCCCCCUGGUCAAAGGUAGUGCACUGUAUUGGGAAUAAGUUGCUGUUUCGGAUGCAUUCCAAAUGCAGUGUAUUUACAACAGUGUUUGAGUCGUGCUUCUCCCAUCAAGGCCAAAAUAUGUAGUUUUUACAAUUUGAUAAGGAUUAUUAAUAUUAAGCGAACUUCAAAGGGUUAAAAUACAUUUCUAAUGUGAAGGGGACAAACUGAGUUAUGUAUUGACGCAGCAAUACAAGGUUAUGUAAAAUUUUAUAUAAAUGUUUUUUAAUCUGACAAUAUUUAUGUAUCCAUAUGUUCAUUGUUAUUUGUCCCGAGUGUAUGUUUUUUGCGGUCGUGUUUCAUUUCUAAGUACAGUUUAUUUUUUUAAUAUUCAACAGGGGUUAUCGCACACAUGUUCAGUUUGUAUCAUGAAAUGUUUGUCUCACAGAAAAAUACAUCUUGUAAAGCUGGUUCAUAAUGUGAGAUAUUGAUCCAUCAGUGAGGGUAGAAAAGUCCCCAAAUGUUCUGAGAGAAUUCCUUGAUGGUUGUGAAUGUGUGUGUGUGUGUAGGAUAAUAAGCUAAUGUAGACCUAUUUUUGUGCAGCUAAUGCACCGUUUUGUCAAACUGGAGUGAUUAAUUGGAAGGCUGACUAUCUGUGUACAUGUGUAGGGAGAUUGCCUUGGUGCCAGAACAGGAACAAGGGAAGUGUACUCUCAAUCUAACCCAUAGAUGAAUGAAGCCCUCCUUCAGGGAAGAAGAAUGCUGGUGCCAUACAUCCUUUUAUUUAAUCAAUUUACUUUCACGUUACUGAUUUUUGUUUUAAGCAGUGUAGCAACUGUAUACUGUUCACAUGUCAUUGCGUGUAAGUUUCUCAAUCACCAACUAACAGACAUUUCAUGUUACUUCUGAGAUAUAUAUUUUUUUGCUGCUGAAAGUGACAAUCGUCAUGUUUGGUGCAAAACUAUUUCAAAAGUAAUCCAUAACUUUUAGUUAAUUUACACUGCACAAAUGUUUAUACAAUGUUUUUGUAAACAUUUUUAGUGUAUUUGCAAAAAUAAAUAAAUUUGCAAUGAAUGCAAAGAAUACA